GCUGAGCCGCCCGCCGCGGGAUGGGGCGGGGCCGUGCGUGCGGCCCGUUGUCCCGCAGCCGCCGUGCGGGGUUACGGCUCCGCCUGCGCCGCCUCCGCGCUCCCGGAGCGUGUUUUCCGUGCUCGGGUUAAACCUGUGCGCGGUUCUGUCUGUCCUUCGGGGCGCAGGAGCGCUGUGCGAUGCUCGGGUGCUCGGGUCUCCCCGCAGGUGCUGCUGCUGCUGAGCCCGCUGUGGUUCGGGCUGCUCUGAGCUCCGAGGAACCGCCGGCAGAACAGCUCCUGCUGCUGGAAACUGAACCAACAUAAUGACUGCGUUGGAUGACAAACUGCUGGGCGAGAAGCUGCAGUAUUAUUACAGCAGCAGUGAGGGUGAGGACGAAGACAGUGAGAAGGAAGACAAAGAAGGGGAGAGCUCCAUUCCUGACAGCGUUGGGGAGGUCGAGCUUAGCAGCGAUGGCAGUGCAGUCAACACAGGUCCAAAAGGAGUCAUUAAUGACUGGCGAAGGUUUAAACAACUGGAGACAGAACAGAGGCAGGAGCAGCGCAGAGAAAUGGAACGCCUCAUAAAGAAGUUGUCUAUGACAUGUAGAUCUCACUUAGAUGAGGAGACUGAUAAGCAGAAACAGAAAGAGCUUCAGGAAAAAAUCAAUGGAAAGAUGACGUUACAGGAAUAUAACAUGAUUCACAAUGAUGAAGAUGAUGAGGAAUUUUUACAGCGAUACAGGAAGCAGCGAAUGGAGGAGAUGAGACAGCAGCUGUACAGCGGGCAGCAAUUUAAACAGGUUUUUGAGAUUACCAGCGGAGAAGCGUUUUUGGACACGGUUGAUAAAGAACAUAAGAGCACUUUGAUCAUGAUCCAUAUUUAUGAAGAUGAUAUCCCUGGCGCUGAAUCCCUGAACGGCUGUAUGAUCUGUCUGGCUGCUGAGUAUCCAACAGUUAAAUUUUGCAGAGUAAAGAGUUCGCUCAUUGGUGCCAGCGCUCGCUUUACCAAUAAUGCUCUGCCAGCUUUGCUGGUCUACAAGGCAGGUGAGCUCAUUGGCAACUUUGUGCGGAUCACUGACCAACUUGGAGAAGAUUUUUUUGCUGUAGACCUGGAGGCUUUUUUGCAGGAGUGUGGUCUGCUUCCAGAAAAAGACCUCGUGCUCCUGACCUCUAUACAUAACCCCUCUGCGUGUUACAGUGAAGACAGUGAUCUGGAAAUAGACUGAACCACUUACACCACAGGGCCAGUAGGUGUAGUUGUGCUGUGGGAUGUUGUUGCUCCAGGGGUUGUUCCCUUCCUUUCUUAGUGUGGGUAUGUUAUUCUUCCCCUCCAUGCACUUGGACUUUUGCUUGUUAAAAUGUUGUUUAAAAUAACGUAAAGCAUUCCUAACAUUUUCAUAAAUUAACUCAGUAAAGUACAUGUUAAAAUGUAUUUUUCUAAGCAUGAAGUUCUAGUGCAAUUCAGUAAUUAAGUUUUUAGGCAUUCAUGUCUUUUAUUAACCUGAAAUUGAACUGCUGCCAUUGAGUUAACACAGCAAGGUCCCUCCUUCCAUUCUGCAGCUUUCAGGCCCCUUCUUGGAACUGUUGUUCUAACAAUGACAUCAAAUUUUUGUUCAGUACUCACUUGCAAAUAACAACAACUCCUGACUUGAUACUGAAAAUUGCUUUUGAGCUGGAGAGGGCUCUUCUUUCUUUAACCUUGUCUGAGAGACUUAAACGGGAAAACCUUCUGGUGCAGCUCUUAAAGCACUCUUAGGUUUUAAAAUACCUACUGUUAGAAUUCAUGGCAGUCACUUCAGCGGGAAAUAAUCUCUGCCUCUGCAGAGAGUGAAAACCAACAGACAUCCUGGAGAGUAUCAAGGAGAGUUUUGUUGGCAAAAUGCUGAACUGGGACUUGGCUAGCCAUGGCAUAUCUCUAAAAUCCUCAAACACUGUUAAAUAAGUGCUAAUGUUUGUCUCUGUCCCCAUACUACCUGCUUAAGGUGGGUCUUCAGAUGCAUUUUGGAUAUAUAUAAUAAUCCUUGGACCUGACAGAUGACUGGAAGGCUUUGUGGGAAGUGAGCCUUGGGCCAAUAGACAAGCUCCCAUCUCUUGUCUGAAGCUCAGUAUACAGUUUCUGCACAGUGUUAGGCAGGAUCAGAAGCGUUGCCAUAGUCCUGUUUUCCCUCUGAUGGCAGCUCUUUGGGAGCAUGGGGUGUUUUGGUGCAGUGUGUCAGUGGAGUUCACUGACAGAAGAUGCUGUGGAGUUGGGGUGGAAGCAUUGGAGCAGUAAAAGUUGCACAGUGACACUGGUGACUCUUUCCCCAAAAACUUGUAAUUCCCACUUCUGGACAUGGAUUAAAAGCCAUGCAGCACUGGCUGAGCCCAUUUGUCUUUUUUUUAAGUUAUUGCUCCCAAAUGCUGUAUAUUACACUUCCCUUCUGCAGCAAGUUCCUCGUUAUCAUUUGUUAGUGAUUAUAUUGUUAUUAAAGUGUGUUUGUUUUGUUUGUGCUCCGCUUACUUUAUAAGUAGUGAUAUUAGGAAGUAAUUUCCAGGGUUUCUACUGCAUUUACAGCUCACCCUGCCUCCAGCAAGUCUAGCACUAUGUAGAUAGGAUGUAACCCCAGCAGCGUUAGAAACCACUGGCAGCAUGUAGUGAAUGCAAGCUUGGAAACCUCCAGUGAUGCAGAGCAGGGCCAAGGCUUUGCUGGCCAGGUGAUGGUGUCAUCUCCCUGCACCUGGUACAAAUGAGCAUGCUGAAGGUGUGCACUCUGUACUUAGUUGUUACUGAAUUACGUCUCCUGCACACUUCAUUGGAUAUUCCGUUUGCUUUCUCACACAUGACCUAUUGUGUUUGUUAUUUAAUUUUGAGGAAAGUAGACUGUCCUUAUGUCAAUAGGAUGUAUUGCUAUGUUUAAUUAUUAUAUUUAAUGGCAAGUUUUGUGCAAGGCACUUUGGAGCACUGGAGAGAAGUGCAAAAAUUUCCUUUAGUAAGAAUAGAUCUUAGGACAAGGAUAAGCAUUUAUAAUUGUAUGUAUUCAGACUAUUUUUAAAAGUAGUAUAAGCAGACAGGUAAAUAAUUUGUAAUUAAAAAUAGCUGAAAGAACAUAUUUAGCUGUUUUAAGGAAAGUGGCAGAAAGCCAAAGUUUGAAAUGUGGUGAAAGAUUCGGGUUACUUGAAUUAAGUCUCUGAGUGUGGGUAUGCUGUGUCUGAGAAAGAAAGUCAAAGUGACCAUGAUUUGUAUUCAGGAUGAGACUCAGUAAGUCCGUAGUGCAGACAGGCGCAUGUUAGCAGCACAAUAAAACCUGGUUUGGAGGGGGGAAGAGCUGACUGAGUUACUUUGAGGUUUUAUUUGUACCAAGCAGGGGUUGGGGCACAUGACUGUAAACCUGUAACAGGGUCAGAACCUCUCGCUGCUCUGAUGGCCUGCAGGAAGGUGACUGAGUCCUGGUUGUGAGGUUUUGGUGCUCAGGUAUUUGACAGGUGGUUUAUGCUGCCAGUAGCAAAAGGAGGAGGAAAAGUGCAGAAAAGAGAAGUUUGAAUCCAGUACAUCAUUGAUCUGAAAGAAAAGAUUGAGCGCAAGGGAGAAGAGGGGUAAAGAGUUAAUGCUGCUGAGAAGCAAGGCUGGAGUGCUGCUGCUGCUUUUGCCUAUUUCUGUAGCUAAAUCCUUCCAAACCAACUAGCCAGUAGGUCUGUGGCCCCAACCCCAGCAUUCUUAAUGCAUGUAAAGCAGCAGAGCAAAGUAGAACAGAUUUUAGGAUAGGUUUGUCAUGAAUUUGUUACUGUCCAUUCAAUACGAAUAAGAACUGCAGCUCAUACUAACAUUGUAGCUGUUUCAGUUGAAGUGUUGGAGUAUGUUUCAUUUACCUUAAUUUAAGUGAGGUCCUGACCUGCGGAUUAAAAACUGGAGUAUAUAUGUAUAUAUAUAUGCACAUUAUAGAUAGAUGUGCAUUAGAGAACUGCAAUUAAAAUGAAAUUGUACCAACACAUACCUACAAUAAAAGUUCUGAAACAUUCUGGUUUGGCCGUGAGCAUCAGGACCUGGGUUUGAGGCAGAUGCUUCUCCUUCCCUCCAGGCUGUUGUGUUCCGUCACCGUCAGAACUCCACUUGUAUUGAUGCAUUCCUACUAAAUUGCUUGACUUUGAAUAAAGGAAGCUUUUUAAUCUUGCCAAA